AUGUCGCAUCCUCAGUCUACAUUCGAUAACACUUCAUUUUUUGGAGAAACCAUUCUUUCGCGACGAAGACAUCUAAUUGCCAGCGUUACACUACACGCCCAAUUAGAGCAGCUUAAGCAGACGGGAAGAUACGACUGCUUUAAGCUCAAAUGGCAUCCGAUUUAUGAUGACAAGUCCAUGUGGCCGGUUCCCUAUCAUCUAUUCUGGGAUAGCGACGUUGCAAAAUGGAUCGAGAGCGCUUGUUAUUUUCUUCAGAGAGAAUACGAUGCCAAUAUUGACCUUGCCGUCCGGGAAUUAGUUGACAUGAUACGAGGUGCUCAGCAAUCUGACGGAUACAUCAACGUGCACUAUACAGUUGUUGAGCCUCAAAAGAGGUGGUCAAAUCUUCGCGACAUGCACGAGUUGUACAAUGCAGGCCAUCUCAUAGAAGCAGCCCUCGCGCAUCACAAGCACUACCAAAACAAUCACCUGUUGGAUCCCAUUCUCAAAUACGUGUCCUUGAUCCAUUGCAGAUUUGGGAGCUGCCACGAUCAAUUGCACGCAUAUCCCGGCCAUCCGGAAAUUGAAAUGGCUCUCUUCAGACUUCAUACGGUCACCAAGUCUCAUGAAGCCUACGAACUUGCUCAAUAUUUCCUUCAAGAACGGGGAAAUGCGUCUGGCCAGCACGAAAUGCACUACUUCGACUGGGAAGCUCAGCAAAGAAAAGAAAAUCGGUACACUCGGCCCAACACAUAUCCCGAAAAGGAUUCUCACUGGUACUGCCAAGCUCACAAGCCUAUCUUGGAGCAGGAAACAAUCGAAGGCCACUCUGUACGUGCAGUGUAUUUGCUCACAGCUGUGGCUGACAUGAUCCAACUGCACCAUAAAGGUGAUAAGGCUUUAUGUAACCCUGAUGCGUGGAUGGAAGCCGUAUCACGAUUAUGGACCAACAUGGUGAACAAGAAAAUGUACGUGACUGGCGGGAUCGGCGCAAUUAAACAAUGGGAGGGCUUUGGAUGUGAUUAUUUUCUACCCACCGGCACUAAUGAAGGGGGUUGUUACGCAGAGACGUGCGCCUCAAUUGGCGUCAUGAUGCUCGCAGAGAGAUUACUUUCCUUUGACCUCGACUCAAGAUACUCAGAUAUCAUGGAAUUGUGUCUUUACAACAAUGUAAUGAACGCAAUGAGUCUUGAUGGAAAGCAAUUCACUUACGUUAACCAGCUGGCAAGCUCUGAUACUGAUAAGAGCAUACGCAAGGACUGGUUUUGGUGCGCAUGCUGUCCGCCAAACUUGACUAGACUUUUUGGCAGUCUCGGAGGCUAUGUCUGGCACGUUCAAGAAAGCGAAGCAGAAGUUGCGAUAAAUAUCCAUCUCUACACGACUGCUAGUCUGUCAUAUACCACGGCAUCGCUGGAAACUGUCUCUUUGCAGCAGACUUCGAAUUGGCCGUGGGAUGGCCAUGUAGCUCUCGAGCUGUCUUCGCAAUCCCAGAGCGUUACUAUUCGACUUCGUUUGCCAUCGUGGAGCCACGGGCAGUUCAAAAUGGCACCUAUCCCUGCUUCAGAUGACUUUUCAAUUGACAAAGGCUAUCUGACUUUGCAUCCUAGCUAUACGAAUGCUUACAGAACAUUUUCCAUCACCAUUGGAGGGUUUGAGCCGCGUUACAUCUCGCCGCAUCCUUACACGGCUCAGAACGUUCUUGGGAUUGCACGAGGCCCGAUCAUCUACUGUAUGGAAGAUGUUGAUAAUUCGUGGCAGCAUAAUCACUUCCGGGAUGUUACACUUAAAAAAAGCGAGCCCAUCUCGGAGGAAGCAAAAUCCAUGACGAACGGAGAGGGCUAUACUGAGCUACGUACAAAAUGCUGGCUGACGAAUGAGGAUAUUUCUGCGCGCACUGCUGGGCCAAUCCUUGAUACCUCGAUCGUCAGCGACAGAUUGGAAAAGAGUGCGGUAUUUAUACCUUACUUUUUAAGAGCCAACAGAGGUGGUAACGGAGAGAUGAGGGUGCUGCUGCGCCAAGGGGAAGACUGA